AAAAUAAUGACCUCCCAAAAAUUUGCCCACAAAAGUGAUAUGAUGGAUAUUGUAAAAUACUACUGGGGUGAAGGUUUGAUAAGUGCAUCGGGUGCAAUAUAUAGGAAACAAAAGAAAGUAAUUCAACCUAUAUUUGAUUUGAGUUAUACUGAAUCAGCAAUGGAUUUAUUUCAUAAACACACAAAUAUCUGCAUGGAAAAAUUGAAUGAAUUCGUUGGUAGAGGAACUUUCAACAUUUAUGAAUAUAUCUCCCUUUUUGCUGUGGAUUUGACAGGAGAGGUCAUCGCUGGACAAAAUAUCAGAAGUCAAGAAUUCGGUAGGACCGAUUUUUGUGACUCGCUAGUAGACAUGUACAAAGUUUGCGUAACACGUAUCUCAACAGUAUGGCAGCAUUCUGAAAUACUAUUCAAUUUUGCAUCACAGAAAAAGAGGCAUGAUAAAGUUAGGAGAGAUUUCAGCAACUUCACCCAGAAGGCAAUUGAUGAUUCUCGAGCCCGAAGGAAAUCGGAGUAUACGCAGACAAACGACAAAUUCCUUCCAGCUAUCGAUAUUUUAACCAAAUUAGAUGAAGAUUGUUCAGAUCUAUUCACCAACCAGGAACUGAAGGAUAAUUUAGUUACUUUAUUUGCUGCAACUGAAGAUCCUCUUGGUCUGAUCUCCUCGUUCUCAGUCCUUUGCUUUGGAAUGUACCCUGAGUACCAGAAAAAGGCAGUGGAAGAGAUUCGCAAAGUUAUUGGAGAAAAUCCACGGGAAGUAACAAUCCAAGACUUGAGAGAAUUGGAAUAUCUUGAUAUGUGUGUCAAAGAUGUCCUAAGACUGUUUCCUAUAGCUCCAUUUAUGUUAAGGAAGGUCACGGAGGACUACAAACUAGGUAAAUAUAUUUUGACAAAAGUUACAACAUAA